AUGCUGUCCUUGCUCUGCGGAUCACUGCUGCUCCUCCUGGCCCAGCAGUGUGUGAGCGGGGCUGGGGGCCGCGCCGUGGCCCCCGGGGGCCGCCGGCCGGUGUGCCAGUGGCCCUGCCGCUGCGGGCCCCGGGCAGCGUGCGCACCGGGGGUGAGCGCCGUGCUGGACGGCUGCGGCUGCUGUAAGAGCUGCGCCCGGCAGCAGCGGCAGGCCUGCAACGAGAGGGACGUGUGCGACCCGCACAAGGGCCUCUACUGCGACUACUCCGCCGACCGACCCCGCUUCCAAGUGGGCGUCUGCGCCUACAUGCUGGCGGUGGGCUGCGAUCUGAACGGGCGUCACUUCGAGAACGGCCACGCCUUCCAGCCCAGCCCGCUCUACAAGUGCACCUGCAUCGCCGGCGCCAUCGGCUGCACCCCCGCCUUCACCCACACACCUGCCGGCCUCUUAGGCUCCGCCCCCCCGAAACCAGCAGGCCUCCUCAGCGGCCCCGGGGCCCGCAAGAACCUGCAGGACACCAGCUACAGGCCAGCUUACAGGGAUCCUCCUUUAGCCUGGAAGAGGAACUGCCUGGUGCAGACCACGCCCUGGAGCGUCUGCUCCAAGACCUGCGGUGUGGGCAUGUCCGUCCGCGUCACCAACGACAACGCCAAGUGUGAGAUGAGGAAGGACCGGAGGCUGUGUCUGCUGCGGCCCUGCGACAAGAACCUGCUCAAGAGCUUCAAGGCCCCCAAGGGGAAGACGUGCCGGGCCCAGGUCCCUGCGUGGCGCGCGGAGCGGCUGGUGCUGUCGGGGUGCAGCAGCACCCAGCGGGUGAGGCCCACCUACUGCGGCCUGUGUGGCGGCGGCGGCGCCGGUGGCGGUGGCGGUGGCGGUGGCGGCGCCGGCGGCGGCUGCUGCGUGCCCGACGCCUCCAGCAUGCGCACCUUAGAGUUCAGGUGCAAGGGCGCGGCCGGCGUGCGCUGGAAGGUGCAGUGGAUCACGUCCUGCGUCUGCAAAAGGAAGUGCGACGACCCCGGGGACAUGUUCACCGAGCUGCACUUCCUGUGAGGAGGGGAGGAGGCGGAACUUCCAGAGGAGGGAGGAGGCGGAGCUUCCAGAGGAGGGAGGAGGCGGAGCUUCCAGAGAAGGGAAGAGGCGGAGCUUCCAGAGAAGGGAAGAGGCGGAGCUUAGACACAAGCCUUAGGGACACAAGAGACAGAAACACACACAGACUAUAUAUUAAAUGGAGUAGACGUAGCUUAGACUUGUAUUACAGACAACGCACUGGGCUGUUAGGAGACAGACAGACAGACAGACAGACAGACAGACAGACAGACAGACAGUCAUACAGACAGACAGACAGUCAUACAGUCAUACAGACAGACAGACAGACAGACAGACAGACAGACAGUCAUACAGACAGACAGACAGUCAUACAGUCAUACAGACAGACAGACAGACAGUCAUACAGACAGACAGACAAUCAUACAGAGAGACAGACAGACAGACCUUCAUGUAGCGAUCUGCAGUCUGGGGGUGUCGGGAGGGCAGGAGGAGGCGCGGUCCAGCAGGUCGUACUCCUCUAUGAGGGAGGACAGGGACUCUGACGCCUGGCUGAACAGGCUGAGCUCCAUGCCCUCCUCCUGGAGGUAGUGGUGGAGAUGGGCCUGCAGGACACGGGCAACCGCUCAGAAACCCUCCAGUGUCUUUAUGAGCCCUCCCAUGUCUCUAUAAACCCUCCCAUGUCUGUAUAAACCCUCCCAUGUCUGUAUAAACCCUCCCAUGUCUGU